CGUUAGCCCGCGGAAAUGGAAAUCGAAAAUCAGACAAAUAAUAUUUAUUUUCAGUUUUAGAUGUUGUUGAUUACAAAAUGGAUGACAAUGACAUAAAAUUACUUAAAAAAUACAACUCCAAGAAGAAAGAGGCAGAACGAAAGGCAGAUUUUCAGGACGAGGCCUAUCACUGCACUCUUGUAGCAGAUAUACAUUCAAAAUAUGGUGAUUUUGAUAGUGCAGUUGAAGACUUGCAGAGAGCACUGUCCCUGUACGAGGGGCUAGGAAAGCAGCUUGACAUUGCCGUAGCCUGUCGCCUGCUCGGGGAAUGCCACUGUAAGAGGGGGGACUUUGAUACAGCACUGCGACUCCAUGAGAGAUACCUGGAGUUAGCAAGUGCCUGUAAUGACAAGGUGGAGGAACAACGGGCCCUGACAACCAUUGGCAACACUCGCCUGUCCAGGCAUGGGGCAGCCACCAACAAACAGGCCAAGGUGAGUGAGCUUGAGAAGGCAAAGUCAGCAUUCACCCGGAGCCUACAGCUGUGUGAGGAGUUAAAGACAGAUGCCAGGAUCAAACCCAGCGAGUAUUCGGACAUGAAGUCUAGGCUACUGUAUAAUCUAGGUCUUGUUUACAUAGACAUUGAGGACACAGAGACUAGCCUGACUUACCUCAACAAAGCCUUGCAGAUGUUUCAGUCUAUAUCUCAACUGGAUAUGCUGUUCCAGUGUCAGCGAGCCCUGGCUGACCUCUACCAGACCACAGGAAGGCUGGCUGAAGUGAAAAAACAUUUGGCAAGCGCUUCUGCCACAGCAAAACGUGACAAGGACAGGAAGGCAGAGGCUGAGGCAUUCCAGGCUAUGGCUUUGGUACAUGUACAACUGGACGAGUUCCCACAAGCCCGACACCUGUUGAAGAAAGCUGACAAAGUGAGACUGCCCGGUCAGCCUCCAGAACACGAAUAUAUUAUCAAGCUGUAUAAAGCAGUGAAGGUUUAUGAAGAGAGCAAGCGUGGUUUGGCUUCCACCAGGGAGACGGACCACAGUGCCAGGAUUCCCCUGUAUGAGAAGCUGGCUGACAAAGCUGUUGACAUGGGGCUCCUGAAACCGGCACUGAAGUUUUACCAGAAACAGCUGUCCCACAGUAUGGAUGCAGGUGUUGGAAAGAGAGAGCUGAUACCUAUUCAUGUGUCCCUUGCCCAGACAUAUGCAGACGACCGGAAGUAUGACAAGGCCGUUGUGCAUUUUCAACAUGAAAUACAGUGUCGAGAUGGCUCUGAGCACGAACAGAUAUGUCGUAGCUGGUUGAACAUCGCUGUGAACCAGGAGAAUGGUGGGGUCACAAACAAGGUCAUACAGACAUCCUAUGUGAAUGCCUACAAUGCUGCAAAAAAGGCCGGACAUAGAAAACUUCAGGUUAGGUCUCUGGUAGCCCUGUCAGAGCUGUUAAAGCUGAAUGGCGACAAGAAAGGUUGGGAGCAGACGGAGACGAAGUUGUCGUACAUUCGGGACAAGUAUGGGAUCUCCGAGUCAGACGCGGAGGAGGAAAGUCAGGCCAUGGAGGACGAUGAUGAUGGUGGAGUAGAUGAGGAGGAGGUUAUGUCUGACUUGACUGAUUCUGAGGAGGAGGAUGAAGAGGAAGAAAAAAAUGUCCGGGUCGUGAGACGUCCAGGAAACAGGAAGGCUCAUAUCUUUGUGCGUAACCAGUUGGGAGAGACCCCUUUACACAAAGCUUGCAUCAAAGGCAGUCUGAGGGAAGUCCAACAGUUAAUUGCAAGGGGCCACCCACUCAACCCCCAGGACAACAAUGGCUGGACUCCGCUACAUGAGGCCUGCAACCAUGGCUUCAUAGACAUUGUUCAGGCGCUGGUGGAGAGCGGAGCGGACAUGAACAAUCGAGGGGGUCAGGGAUGUAAUGGGUUGACCCCUCUCAUGGAUGCCUCCAGCAAUGGACACAGGGAGAUCAUGGCACUGUUGAUUAAACAUGGAGCUAAUGUGAUUGCCAAGGAUGAUAGGGGUCAGACAGCUUUAUCGUACUUCGAGGAGUACCUGGACUCUGCAGAGGAAAGAGGGGAUGUUCAAAACCUCAACCUGCUUGAAACUCUGCGGGAGAAGAUGCCUGAACACAGGGGAGGUAGUCGCCAUGCGGACAUCCUCACUCAAAAGCUUACAAGCGCUCUGAUACCCAGCUCUCCUGAAUCCAACCAGAAGCGGGCCUGGAGGAAAUCGGGUACCAGAAAACCCCAGGGGUCAUGGAGAGGAAGAGUGGAGACAGACUCCGAUAGUGAUAGCUCCAUAGGAUUCUCACAGAAAAGGAACACUCAAAGGACAUCAUUGUCUGAUGUUGAUGAUUCUGAGAGCACUCGAGCAAGCCUCUCCGAUGACCAGGAUCAUGGUGGGGCAGAGGCUUACAUGAAUGCCAUUUCAACAGUAGGCAGGUCUGCCAAGCGAUCAUCACAACAUACACAGAAGUCGUCAAUUGGCAAGAAGGAUAACAGAGCUUUGUUAGACGAGGAUGAUGUUGUAAUGGACGACUGGUUAGAAGAUGAUCUGGGCCCUUCGAAACCAGUCCGCAGAAAAAAUGUUGACUGCUUGGGUCUUCUGUCUUCGGACGGGACGAGGAAAAGAAAUAGGUCCAGUCCAAAUAGUUCAGCAAAAACAUUGGAUAGAAGUGGGCAAUCUUCUAGUCAGAAAAAGAGAAUACGAAUUGAGGACAGUGAUAGUGAAAGUAGUGAGGAUGAGGCAGGGACAGCUGAACAGUUGGCAAAUGUUGAUAAUGGUAAAACUGAUAUGGAUGUAAGUGACGAUGAUAUAAAUGUCACGCUCACUAAUAUAGACAAUGAAAUUCCAAUGAUGUUUGAGGACUUUGACGAUUUUAUAAUAGUGGAAUCACAAAACAUUCCACCAGAGCCACCGAAAACUAGUUUCCCUACUGCUGGUUGCAGCACUAGUUAUAGUAAAAAUAAGGUUUUGUCAAGGAAAAACAAUUCCUCACAAAAACAGUGUAAACUCACAGAUUAUGGGCUAGUCAAUCUCGGAACACAAGAACAAAGCAGCCGAUUACAUUCAACCCAAGGAAAUUAUAAUCUCAUUCCUAGUACAGUGUCACAAGCCCCUGUGUCUAAUUCUAUAGCAGUAAGCAACAUAUCUAGACCCGGUCUCGGAAAUGUUUUAAGAAUCAAAGUUCAAGUAGAGGACACAGUUUUAAUGAUUCCAGUUGUUGAUCCGGAUUGUUCACGAACAUUUGCUUGGCUGGCCGAGGAGGUGGCCUCUCGUUAUAAACAGAUGGUUGGGGUCAGGUUGAAACUCUCUCUCGGGAAGGAGGGGGCACGUUUUGCGCCCACAGAUCUGGUUAGUCUCAUGCUGGAAAAUAAUGACAAGCUGGAGAGUUAUUUGGAGAGUCGAGACCAGCAGCCACCCAUGGCAGACACGUACAGAGAGGCUUGCAAGGUGCAGCAAGUUGUGUUUUACCAGAAUAUCCACAACUUGCUGGGCUCCAGUGAUGUUCCAGGCAAAGUUAAGCUCUCCAAUCUGGCUCUCGGUGCCUCCAGAAUACAGCCAGUCCUCAGAGCCAUACAGCACCAUACAACUCUUCGCGAACUCUUCCUCUCUGGUAACCGUCUUGGUGACGAGGGCUUAGGAAACCUGUGUAAAAUCCUGUCCACCAUCCCCAAUCUGACCUUGCUUAGCCUCACGUGUAACGACAUCACCCCAGAGGGCCUCCAACUGAUGACUGCAGCUGCCACUGCUGAAAACUCCAAGGCGCUCCAGAAUCUUGGCACCCUGGAGCUGAGCCACAAUCUGCUAUGUGAUGGGAGCCUUGUCCAGGUAGCUGGGUUGAUUCGAGCCCUGCCCAUCCUACACACUCUGGCUCUUAGCUCUUGUGGGCUCACCGCUGGCUUCUUCCAUACCAACAGAAUCACACUCACUGAAGCCCUGCAUGGCUCCAAGAUCCAGGCACUUGAUGUAUCCUACAAUAGGCUAGGCUGUGUUGGACUGGAGCUGUUUCUCACCUGUCUAAAGCCAACCACAGUGACGUCCCUUGACCUCUCAGCCAUCAUCGAUGACCAACGGUCUUCACAGGUCUACAGGCACCUGUACAACUAUGCUACUGAGGAUGGCUGUGCUCUCCAGUCUCUGACCAUGUGUGACUGUAACCUGGCCAUGGAAGAUGUGGACUAUUUAACAAGGUUGCCAUUGUUUGCAAAACACUUACAGAAAAUCAACCUAUCCAACAAUCCCAAACUGACCAAUCAGAUGCUUCAGGAUCUUAUCCAAUCAGGUUGCAGCGAAUCUUCAAUGCUGGAGGAAGUUGUAAUGAUAGACACAGGAAUUGUGGGUCCAUUGUCAGUUGAAUUUAUUGACAUUAUAGCAGAAAAGCUAGAAGCUGCUUUACCACUAAGAAGACUCGAGUUUUCAUGCAACAGGCUUAAAAAAAUUGAUACAGACAGUUUGCAACAGAUUUGGCAAGAUAAAUUUGAGGAUUAUGCUGAAGUGAGCUUUUCAAACAACACUGUGGUUUUAUCAGUGAAAGAUAGAUAAUGAUAGUGCUUUAUGUAAGAUUGUUUGUUUUGUGUUAUUUGCUGAUAAUGAAAUGCAGGUUGCAUGUUUGCUACAGAACAAAUUAAAAAAAAAGGUGUUUGAAAAGUUUUCAUAAAUCGCUCUAUUUAAAAAUUAAAUGUAUUUUAAAUAAA